GCUUGCCUCUUUUCAAGGACGACGAGUCCCUAAAGAAAACCAGGUGCUCUCAAAUCUCUGCAACCCUCCAGUGGCUACUGGACAAUUCCGUCUCCACCUUUCUCCGUAUUCCGCCCCCUUUAAUGCUCCGCCCACCACUCCACACUUCCCUCUAACCGCUUCCUAACCGCUCCAAUCCCCACCUCCACCACCACCCACGGCCACCAUCGCCUGAAAUUGAUUUCCGGCCUCCACCUUAAUGACUAUCUGCAUUAUCUUCAAUCCUCUCUUGGAUACCAUGUCGUCCCACUUAAACCCCUGCAAAACCCAUCUCCAGUUACCUCUUUGAUCGUCGAUUUAAACCAGUCCAGCCUUCGUGUACUCUGCUCUCACUAAUUGAACCCCAAAUGGCGCACAGCAAUGGCACAAGAAAUAUUCUAUUCGGCAAAUACGAGAUGGGGAGAUUGUUGGGGAAGGGGACCUUCGCCAAGGUCUACUACGGGAAGCAACUCAAUACCGGCGAGAGCGUUGCCAUCAAAGUGAUCAGCAAGGACCAGGUCAAGAAGGAAGGAUUAAUGGAGCAGAUCACGCGGGAGAUCUCCGUCAUGCGUCUGGUCCGCCAUCCCAACGUCGUCGAGCUCAAGGAAGUCAUGGCGACGAAAUCGAAGAUCUUGUUUAUUAUGGAGUACGUUCGAGGUGGUGAGCUCUUCGCUAAGGUCUACAGAGGGAAGCUCAAGGAGGACGCCGCUCGAAAGUAUUUCCAGCAAUUGAUCAGCGCUGUUGAUUUCUGCCACAGCAGGGGCGUCUCUCACCGUGAUCUGAAACCCGAGAAUCUCCUCCUUGAUGAGAACGGAAAUCUCAAAAUCUCUGAUUUCGGGUUAUCUGCUCUGCCGGAGCAGCUCCUCAACGACGGACUCCUGCACACGCAGUGCGGGACGCCGGCCUAUGUGGCCCCCGAGAUUCUGAGGAAAAAAGGGUACGACGGAUCGAAAGCGGAUCUCUGGUCUUGUGGGGUCAUUCUCUACGUGUUACUCGCCGGAUUCCUUCCUUUCCGGGACGAGAACAUAAUGAAGAUGUACGGGAAAGUUUUCCGAGCGGAGUACGAGUUCCCGGCCUGGUUUUCCUACGAAGCCAAGCGGUUGAUCUCGAGGCUUCUGGUCGCCGAUCCCAAUAAACGGAUUACGAUUCCGGAGAUAAUGCAACUGCCUUGGUUCAAAAAAGGGUUCACCCGACCCAUCGCGUUUUCAAUCGAGGAACCGUCGCCGGAGAAGACGGAGGAAGACGACCUUGUAGUGAAGUCAAAAUCGUCUCCACCUUUCCUCAACGCGUUCGAGUUCAUCUCCUCGAUGUCAUCAGGGUUCGAUCUCUCGAGCUUGUUCGAGAACAAGCGGAAGGCAGGGUCAAUCUUCACGUCGAAAUGCUCGGCCUCGACGAUCAUGUCGAAGCUCGAGCAGGUGGCGAAGGGGUUGAGUUUCAAGUUCAUAAAGGUGAAGGAUUUCAAGGUGAAGAUGCAGGGAAAUGUUGAAGGGCGUAAAGGGCGGCUGUCAGUGACGGCGGAGGUUUUCGAGGUGGCACCGCAGGUGGCCAUCGUCGAGUUCUCGAAGUCCGCCGGAGACACCCUCGAAUACGCCAAAUUCUGUCAAGAGGACGCUAGACCUGCGUUGAAAGACAUAGUCUGGUCUUGGCAAGGCGACUGUAACGGUAACGGCAACUCUAACGUCAACACCAACGAUCAACCACCCUAACUGAAACCCUAGUCCUGAUUAGGGCUUAAACCUUUUUCAGUUUUUUGCUGUAAUUUUCGAUUUUUUUCCCCUAAGAAGUAAAGACUGUAAAUAAUUUGUGAUUUGCAUACGGGUUUGGGUUCGGGUUCGGGUUCGGGCAUGUGUAGAGAUAGGGUACUGAUGAAGAGAGAAUGGAGUGUAUGCUACAAGCUAGAGAAGACAGUUACAAGAUUUGUAAAUGAGAGAAGGCGGUUAAGAUUUGGAAUGAAAGAGUUGCUUUCAUAUGA